GCACUGUGCUGCUAUCCUAAAGGCGUGUGUGUAAAAGUAUCGUGAUCGUGAUCAGCGGCUUCAAAAUCAUCACGGUGAAGGUGUGUUUUUUUUCUUCAGGGCACUUUUCGUGCCCGCGUUUGAUGGUGAGAAUAGUGUGCAGGCAAACACGUUUUUUAUUCUCACAAUAACAACAUAAAAUGAACAUCGCCGAUGGAAUUGGUUACUCACGAUCCGAAAUAUUCGGCCUCGUGGCGCGGCUUACCUUCGUAACAGCCAUCGGAUUUCUUGGUAUGCGAUGGAUCGUCAGUCAAAUUGAUCCAACAAAUGCAGCUAAGAAAAAAGCCAAGAAAAAGGCAGAGAAACAAUUAAGACGAUUAGCCAAGACUGAUGCUCUUGGUACUGCAAUCGAUACUGAUCAGUUAACUGAUCAUGAAAUGAUGAUCGCUAGCCACCUUGUCAAUCCCAAUGACAUCACUGUGUCGUGGGACAGUAUUGCUGGUCUCGAAUCGGUUAUUCAGGAACUAAAGGAAACCGUUGUUCUACCUAUCCAGAGGAAAGAUCUCUUUGAAGAUUCGCAGCUAACUCAUGCACCCAAAGGUGUAUUGCUACAUGGUCCUCCUGGUUGUGGAAAAACUAUGAUAGCAAAAGCUACUGCCAAAGAGACAAACACACGAUUUAUAAAUUUGGAUGUUAGUAUAUUGACUGACAAAUGGUAUGGAGAGAGUCAGAAAUUAACCGCAGCUGUUUUCUCACUAGCUGUUAAGCUUCAACCUUGCAUUAUAUUCAUAGAUGAAAUAGAUUCCUUUCUGAGAGCUCGUAAUUCAACCGAUCACGAAGCAACAGCGAUGAUGAAGGCACAGUUCAUGUCUUUGUGGGAUGGACUGAUAACAGACCCGACAUGCACCGUGAUUAUCAUGGGGGCAACAAACAGACCUCAGGAUCUCGAUAGGGCUAUUUUACGACGAAUGCCAGCAACUUUCCACGUCGGUUUACCGAACGAGAAACAACGUCGGCAGGUCCUGGAUUUAAUACUCAUGAACGAACCCACGGAUCCAGAUAUAAACAUGGAAAGAUUGGCAAAAAUGACAGAAGGUUUUUCGAGCUCAGAUUUGCAUGAAUUGUGUCGAAACGCUUCAGUAUAUCGAGUUCGCGAUUAUCUCCGAAACCAUACACAAUCCACCUCCAAAACUAGCGGGGGAACGGACGAUGAAGACGAAGAACAAUUUCACGACGCUGUGCGCCCAAUAACGAUGGAAGAUCUUGUAACUUCAGUCAACAAAAUGAGAACAUCAAAAGUACAAACGAGUCAUCCGAUGAUGAAGCUCGAGUUAGAUUAAACAAUCACAAAAACAAACAUUAUAACACAUGAAAAAUACUUAAGGCUAUUAUUGAGUACUUUGCGACCGGAGUAAUAUGCGUUUUUUUCUUUCAUUUUUUCUCCAUUAAAUCUAAACUUCGUUUUUUGUAAGGAAACUUAAAUUAAUUUUUCAUUACACAUUUUCUCUCUUUCCGCUUUCAUUUUACUGCGAAAUUUACGUGCGAGAGCUGUAAAUACGUAGAUUAUAUGACACAUAUAAUCGGAUAAAUCCUAGAAUCGUGUUAAAAAUAAUAAUAUGAAAAAAGACAAAGACGAAUCUCGUUACCGGGUGGUACGGGAUUAUGAUCACAAAAAUGUUUAGAUAAAAUUAAAAAAAGAAAUUAUAACGAGUCAGUGGAUCGAACGGUUUGUAAAAUAUAUUUAGAAGAGAUUUUUUUCUCAAAAAACCAAAAAUAAUAAAGAAAAGUUGUGGAACAUCACUUUCAGCUGAUGAAAACCCAAUUUAGAAAAAAAAAACAGACCAUUUUUUAUUUGCAGAUUCAUAUUUCGUUAAUUGAGAGUUGCUUCGAAUGUUCGAUCCCAAUUUCACAAAAAGAAAAAUCAUUGAAAUCACUUUUGAUUUCAGAAAAUUUUCUUCCAUGCUCCUCCAUAUUUUUUAUUUCUCUGAAAUUCCGUCGUUUAUUGGGGUGUCGCUUACAAGAUGACAUUUCACCACGGUUAACCUUCAAAUUCUCGACCCACAUUUCAUAUCUAUCUACCUUUAUUUUCCUUUGUUCAAACUUUGCAAUGUUUUUCAUUCGGAUUGCGCAACAAUUCAGUUAACUGUGUUUGUAUCUGGAAGUGACAAGUGCACGUUAAAUCAAGUUUAAUUAGCAUAUGUAGGCGAAAAUCAACGAUGGAAAAAGAAAGGCGAGUGUAUUGAUAGAUCAUUUAUAAAAUUACGUUUUCUUGUGCGACAGCAAAUGUCACUAUUAAUAAAAUAAUUGAAAAAUUGUGUAACUUUCAA